GAAGCGCCUGCUUGCUUCUUUACGUAUACUCGUAUGAGCAACACAACCACGACUCACCUCUUCUUUUAAAGAUGUGGACAGAAGUCGGGAAGCUAAUGCUCUUACAUUUGUUGCUAAUGGAGCUCCACUCCACCCAAGGAACCCAUACUGAUACAAAUUGCGAAACGGGUCAGUUUCAAUGCAAGAACGGAAGGUGCAUACCUACUCUCUGGAGAUGUGACGAGGACGAUGACUGCUCUGACAACAGCGAUGAAGAAAACUGUCCAAAGAAGACAUGUGCCACCACAGACUUUGCGUGUGAGAACGGCCAGUGUGUUCCCCAGCGGUGGCGCUGUGACGGAGAGCCGGAGUGUGCCGACGGAUCAGACGAGGCCGACGCUACAUGCAGUCGACAGAUGUGCCCACCUGAGAAGUUUGACUGCGGGGAUUCGGCCAGCAAGUGCAUCUCAUCGUCAUGGCGAUGUGACGGGGAGAGGGACUGUGAGAACGGGGCAGACGAGGACCAGUGUUCUGCAGACACCAAGGCCUGCCCCGCCAAGGACUUCCAGUGCCGCAACAGGAAAUGCGUGGCGCCCGUCUUUGUGUGCGACGGCGACGACGACUGCGGGGAUGGCAGUGAUGAGGAGAAGUGUUCCACCCCCACCUGCGGCCCCCAUGAGUUCCGCUGUAACGACUCGGAGUGCAUCCCGAGCCUGUGGAGCUGCGACGGGGACCCGGACUGCGGGGAUAAGUCUGACGAGUCUGUGGAGCGUUGUAGUCCCCGGACGGAGCCCCAGAAGCCCCGGUGCCCCGAGGGGGAGUUCCAGUGCGGCAGUGGAGAGUGUGUCCACCUCAACUGGAAAUGUGACGGAGACGCAGACUGCAAGGACAAGUCGGAUGAGGCUGACUGCGCUCUGCUGACCUGCCGUCCAGAUGAGUUCCAGUGUGGUGAUGGAUCCUGUAUUCAUGGCAGCAAACAGUGUAACGGGGUUCGUGACUGUCCUGACUUCAGCGAUGAGGCUGGCUGUAUCAACGCCACUAAGUGUGAUGGCCCCAGGAAGUUUAUGUGCAAGAAUGGAGAGUGUAUCGACAGCAGCAAGGUGUGUGAUGCCAUCAAAGACUGCAAGGACUGGUCAGACGAACCUAUGAAGGAGUGCGGUGUGAAUGAGUGCGCAGACAACAAUGGAGGCUGCUCUCACGUCUGCAGAGACCGGAGGAUCGGCUAUCAGUGUGACUGUCCCGCUGGAUACAAACUAAUGGACAAGAAGACCUGUGGAGACAUAGACGAGUGUGAGAACCCUGACGCCUGCGGCCAGAUCUGCGUCAACUACAAAGGAGACUACAAGUGUGAAUGUUACGAGGGCUAUGAGAUGGACCCCAGCACCAAAACCUGCAAGGCCGUGGGGACGAGCCCGUACCUGAUGUUCACCAACCGCCACGAGAUCCGUCGUAUUGACCUAGUGAAGAAAGACUACACCCAGGUGGUCCCCACGCUGAAGAACGCUGUGGCCCUGGAUGUGGAUGUCACCACCAACAAGAUGUACUGGUGUGACCUCUACCACCGCAAGAUCUACAGUGCAUACAUCAACAAGGCCAGUGAUUUGUCGGAGCAGGUGACUCUGAUCGAGACAGCUCUAACCUCUCCAGAGGGCUUGGCAGUAGACUGGGUUCACAAGAACAUCUACUGGACCGACUCCGGAGACAAGACCAUCUCUGUCGCCACUGGAGACGGCAAGAAGAGGAGGAUCCUGAUCGCCACGGAGCUGAGCGAACCGCGUGCUAUCGCUGUGGACCCCCGACAAGGGUUUAUGUACUGGUCUGACUGGGGGACCCAGGCUAAGAUAGAGAAGGCUGGCAUGAACGGAGUGGACCGCCAGGUACUAGUGUCAGAGAGGAUUGAAUGGCCCAACGGCAUCACUCUGGACCUAUCUAACAGGCGUCUCUACUGGGUGGACUCUAAGCUGCACCUGCUCUCCAGCAUUGACCUAAACGGUGACAACCGCAAAGUGCUGCUGAGCUCCCAGAACCACCUGGGGCACCCCUUCGCACUCACUGUCUUCGAGGACCGUGUAUACUGGACAGACCUGGAGGAUGAGGCGAUCUACAGUGCUAACAGGCUAACAGGCCGCGACGUGGCUACGCUAGCCGAACACCUCAACAACCCUCUGGACGUAGUGGUGUUCCACGAACUACGGCAACCCAGAGCUCCAGACAGCUGUAACAUGGGCAGUCUACCUAACGGCGGCUGUCAGUACCUGUGUCUCAAAGCCCCACAGAUCACAGACCACUCCCCCAAGUACACCUGCGCCUGCCCCGAUGACAUGGAGCUAGGGCCCGACAUGAGGCGCUGUGUCACAGUCAAACCCAAGACAACCACAGCAGCUCCUACCACAACCACCACUACUUCCACCCCAGCUCCGACUACAACCACGACUACAACCACAGCUACUUCUACAACCACGACUCCAACCAGUACAACCACAGCUACUUCUACAACCACGACUCCAACCAGUACAACCACAGCUGCUCCUACAACCACCUCCACAAAUGCGCGACCACAUACGGCCAAAACCACACAUCAGCCCAGCACCACGCGGUCGACCACAACGUCCCCCCCUCCUCCUCCCCCCAGGACCACAGCUUCAUGGAGGACACCCCCCUCCACCUCCUCAUCCACCACCACGUUGCCUGCAACCUCCACCCCUGGUCCCCACUCCACCUCCACACACAGCCCCCCUCUACCCCCGAACAACAUUCAGAGAGAGAACGCUAACCUCUCCCACCGCUCUGGGACUGGGAAUGAACACUACCUUCUGGGUAACAAUAUAACAGUGGCAAUCCUGGGUAUAGUGAUCCCUGUAGUUCCUAUCCUUGCCACAGUGGUCAUCGGCCUGCUCUGCACCGCCGGCUUCCUGGUCUGGCGUAACUGGCGCCGGAAGAACACCAAGAGUAUGAACUUCGACAACCCUGUCUACCGCAAGACCACGGAGGACGACGAUGACGAGAUUCACAUCGGCCGUACGGGAGAGUCCAUCGGUCACGUCUACCCCGCUCGCGUGGCGCUCAGUCUGGAGGAUGACGGAUUCCCCUGAGGGGCACGCCAUGUCCCCAUCCACGUCCUCCCCCCUCCGUAUCCUGGGGCGACCACACUGCAGAGGAGAGGGGCACAGAGAGAGAGAGAAAGAGAGUCUGCUCGUACCGUACCGUACACCCCCCCAUGGACAGGGGGGGGUUAUCUUUUACUUAUACGUGUACCCCUCAACCCGUGUCACUAAAACACGUCCCCCUCUCUCUCUCUCUCUUACUCCUAACUAAAAAUGAACUACUACAUUACUACUACUACCACUACUACUAGCUACUACUGUGCUGUCCUCUGCCCUUCUCUCAGCCCCCAUUUGUUAUUAAGUUACUGUAGUUACCAGUAGUGGUGAAUGCUGCUGUCUGUCUUAAUGAUGAUUAACAUCGUUGCCCAUCAGAGCACAUAAAUAGAUGCGGGCUGGACCUCCCUGAGCACCUUGCUGUAGUCUACUUUGCCAGGAACAGAGGAAAGGCCAGCUGUGUUUUAAUUAUUAUUUUGUGUUUGAAUUUUAUUUAUUGUUUGUGUUUUGCUGGUGUAAAUAUGAUAAGCCGGACCAGGCCUGUGCCACUGAGGAUAGACUAUGCGUGGGC